UUCCCGCACAAACCCUAAAGUCAGCAACUUUCCUCCUGUCCUGGGUCUUCACCUUCGGGCAUCAAUGGCGACUCGUUACAGAGCUCUUUCCAAAUCAACGUUUUCUCUCUUCAAACACGCGGUCAACAAGCCGGCCGGCGUUAAACCCACACCCACCUCGGCCGCUUCUCUUUUCCCAGCUCGCCCUUCUUCUACAUUCUCAAGGCCAAUUGCUCAACUGGGUGCUCUUCAGUCGCUCCUUCCUCUACACUCCGCCGUUGCUUCAGCUCGUCUCACAUCGUGUCUUGGCAUCGAUUCCACCAGCUCACGGUCGUUGUCUCAGGAGCUGGGAUUGAGUGUGCCUCGAUAACGAACCUAGUCAGAUGAAGAACAUGUCUCUUUGUGAACUCACAUUCUGUCGCUAGAGUUUCGUCUUCGUCUCAAGGGGAAUAACAAUCAAAAUCUUGGAUAUGAUUCUUCUGCACUUUUGUGGGUUGUUGUCACAUCACUUCUUUUGAAUUGAAAAAAAUCUUCAAAAACUUUGAAGAGGAAUAUCAUCAUACUAUUUUUACUACACUGCUGGUAGUGAAACCAAACCAUAUGCUCUCUUCCAUCUGUAGCUGCCAUUGAUUACUUAUGGGCAGUCCUUGGCCUGACACUAGCAAAAACGUCUGGGUGGUUGGUUUCAUAUCUUCCCAUUAUCUAUCAGGAGGCAACAAUGCAUGGCCAUUUUAUCAGCAGUGGUUUGAGUUUCUGUCAUUGAACAAGGAACAGAUAAGGCAUGGGGAGGGAAGUUGUUGGGUGAUAUAUUACCUUAGGUGCGUCUGUAUCUGUCUCCAUCUUCUUUAUGUUUCCAUGAUCAACCAAAUGAGUUAUUCACCAUUCUUAACCAACCCUCUGCAUUUUUUUUUACAUCAGUUACCAAACACACUUCUUCUGCUUUCAUGCUUAACUAGCUACCUCGUCCUUGUACUUACUGAUGUUUGCCGAACACACAUCUCUGUUCGUUUUUGUCGUGGGAUCGGUCCAAUGAAAGGUAGCUGGUUUAGUGUGAUGAGUCUUCCAUUUGUGGUCAUGUCUAGGCAGUUUUUGUGUGUGGAAGUACGGUUAGUUGCAGGCAGGCAAGCAAAGUCAUGGUCCUGAGAAGGAAGAUUAGCUAGUUGUGGGGGAAAGGGAAGGAGGGAACAAACACUUUUGCUCCACACAUGGAAAUGCAUCCCUCCCCCAUUCAUAGAUGCUUGGGAAGCUCUCAUGCAUGCAAUUAUGUUGUAGUUUAACUACUCAUAUGCUUUAGAUAUUUGCCUUUUCUCUGAUAUGGAGGGGGGAAAUGGGUGAAGAAAUGUUGAGGUGAAAUUGCUUUUGUGUGUGGAGGAGUCGGGCCGAGAGUGGAAUUGCUUUCUCAUCUUUCCUUUUCUUCUCUUGACAGCUCCUUUUCAACCUCACAGUUAGUUAUUAAAAAAAAAAAUAUAUAUAUAUAUAUAUAUAUAUAUCAGUACAUCCCUUCAUUUCUUGACCUUUUUCUUUCUUAUUCAACAAAUGGAUUCUCUUACAACCCAUGAGAGUUUGCAUGCGGAGCCAGAAAUUUGAAUGAGCGGGCUGUAUUGAACUGGGAUAACUGGAUGAGUGGAGAGGUGGGGGACUAAUAUCUUACCGACUAUUCUAUUUUCAAAAUUUGUAAAGAAAUUUACAAUGUGAUUUCCUCCACAUUUCAACUUAGAGGGGGAUUAUAGCUUCUUCUUGUUUCAACCUAGCUCCUUCGCUACAUACUUACUGUACUCGGAGAUUAACAUAACUGUUUGAUGUUGGGUUUAGUGAACCACCUUUAAGAUCGACAAAAGCAUUGGUACGAUCAACCUUCUAAAUAUUAUAUUCACAACUCAUACACACGUAACGUAAGAGAAUAAUAAAUACACCAAGUUCAUUAUUGAACAUUUCGCAUCGACUCGAACAAUGAUUUAACCGUUGUGCACCAUGGACCCUCCUGCCUCCCUUGAUGGAAUAAGAAUCAAUCCUCUGCCACUCAUCAGUAGUAGCUUAGCUCAGCUUGCUUGCUUGCUGCACAUGAAACUGCUCAGAGAAGAGAAGCCCCUUUGACUAAAAUACAAGCUAGCCAACUGCUAACCUAACAUCACUAAAUCUCUACUUUAAUUCCCAUUUUCCCGCUUUGCAAUUUAAUAAAUUAAUAAUAGGCCAAUCACCGACUAAACCCUUAACAUUUGCUUAAUUAACCAUUACUAAUUCAAAUAUUUUCUUGAGUUUGUUUAUGCAUUUGUUGGUUUACCUUUUUAAACAUGACCCAUGAAUAUCGCUCCUCCCUCUGAGAAGGAGCACGUGAUCUCUGACCCAAUUAAACCCCUUUCUUUCUUUAAGUUAAUUAAUUGAGAGAUAAGUUAAUUAGUUUGAAGACAUUAAAAAUAUCCACCUAAUCCAAUCCAUUUAAAUCCAAUCUAUUUGAUCCAAAUCCAAUUGGAUUGGAUCCAUGGAUCAUUAGCAAAUUACGAUUUAGUACCUAUAAUUUUUAUUUUUACAUUUUGGUACCUAAAAUUUAAAUUUUUAUACAAAAAAUAUCAUUGGAAAAUUACUUUUUGGUACCUAAAAUUUUUCAUUAUGACAAUUUAGUACCUAAACUUUUUACAUUUUACAUAUUGGUCCUUGAUUGAUGAUGUCAUUUGGAUUCAUGGAUAAUCCACCAAUCCACUUGAUCCAAUCCAUGAAUCCACUAAUCCAUUAGAUCCAAUCCGUUUGAUCCAUGGAUCCACCAAUCCAAUCCACCAAUCCAAUCCAUUUGCCACCUCUACGUAUAUCCUCCCCAGUAACAAAUCAUUUCAACUGUGAAGCACAAAUGCUUAUUAAUUAAUUAACUGAUACAUAAAUAUGUUGCCCAAAAAGUAUAUGUAUGAGUGAAACAAAGUUAUGACCUUCAUUCGCCCCAAUGACUUGAACUAGUAUUUCUACCGCAGUAACAAACACCAUUUUACUGUAAAAAAAUACCAGUAGCUAGUGGGAGCAUAUAAAUAAAGGCGCUGAGAAUUCAGAUGGAACGAAGGGAGGGGCACGUGAGCACCGCGAACUUUGCUUCCCCUUCAACAUUCAUUAAUAAUAAAUACCUGUACGGACAAAAGAAAUAAAUAAAAUUGAUGUAUGGUAUGAAAAAAAAAAGAGAGGAAAUAAAUAAAUGUAUGCAUCCCCAUUUUUAACUCCAAAGCAAUACUUAUAAUAUAAAACUUCUGCGGUAAAUUCCAAGUAAAUUUGCACUUAAUUGAGCGAUAGACAAAGUAGGAAAAUAAAUUAUACAAACAUAAUGCGGUUCAAUAACAUAAUCUGUAAUAGUUAUGUAUAUUCACGACCUGUUAGAACGUAUUGUCCUAGUUUUGAGGGAGUGUACAAAUUAUAACUAUAAGUGAUUGUGAGGUAUAUGUAAAUCAAUAGAUUUAAUGUAUUCCAAACAAUAAGUUUACACGACAUACAUAGCGAUUAAACUUUUGAAUAAUAU